GUUUCCUUUUAACUCUCCAGCUUCACGAAGUCGGCCGAAAUGGAGUUUUUGUAAUGGCAUAGUAGAAAGUGCAAAGAGAGAAAAACGAUUCCUUGGUAAGUUGAUACAAAAAUUGAUGAUAAUCAACAUUGUAAAGUAUCAUUAAUCACUGAUAAAAUAUGAUAUCAGUAAGAAGAUUAGCCUGUAUAUUAUAUAGGCAAAAUUCAAUAGCAAGUGUAUCUAGAAAACCUUAUUUUUGUUAUAACAUGACAUUAAAUGUUAAACAAUCUUGUUGGUAUUCAACACGGAAGGAUUUAAGUAAAGUCGAUAACAAAGACACUAAUAAUAAAGUAAGCACGGAUUUUGUGGAAGUAGUUAAAGAGAAUACAAUAUCUGCCGGAUACUUAGUGAUUAUAGCAGCGGGUCUUUCCAUUUUAGUCUACAUCGGUUAUUCCUUAUUAAAUGAAUUGUUUUCUAGUAACAGUCCAUAUGGAGUUUAUAAAAGAGCAUUAAAAUGUUGUCAAGAGGAUUCUAAAGUUUUAGAUGCUCUUGGUGAACCUAUCAAAGUUUAUGGCGAAGGAAGAAGAAGAAGAAAUCAUUUUAGUCAUGGAUUCUAUGAACAAGAUGGCAUCGUAUAUUUGAAAUUGAGAUUUCAUAUGGAAGGAAUAAGACGUAAAGGCAUCGUAUAUGUAGAAGCUAAAAAUGUGACUGAUAAUUACGAAUUAACACACAUAUAUGUAAAACUCGAUGAUAUUCUAGGAAGUGUUCUUAUAAUAGAUCCUAACAGAAAAUAGGAAUAAACAGUGAUGAUAAUUCAAUUGAUCCAUUUUAUUUAUUUUGUUUUACACAUCUUGAGAGAUUUAUUUUA